CCUCACAGAAGAGCCAGUUCAGGAAAUUCAUCCAAUGACCUUGGAUUGGUUAUCCUCUAUUCCUUCUCCUUCCUUUCCUUUCCUUCGCUUAAAUCAGUGGUUCCCCACCUUGGGCCUCCAUGUGUUUUGGACUUCAACUCCCACAAUUCCUAACAGCUGGAAGUUGAAGUCCAAAACACCUGGAGGCCCAAAGGUUGGGAACCACUGCCUUAAAUAGUUCUACGUAUGAGUCUAUUGUAUAGUUGAAGACAUAGAGGGAAGGGAGUAUCUGGGUUGUUGUGCAUUUUCCGGGCAGUAUGGCCAUGUUCCAGAAGCAUUUUCUCCUGAUGUUUUGCCAACAAGCCUGCCAUAAAUGUGGGUGAAAUAUCAGGAGAGAAUGCUUCUGGAACAUGGCCAUACAGCCUGGAAAAUGCAUAACAACCCAAUGAUUCCAGCCAUGAAAGCCUUUGACAACGAGGGUAGUAUCAUUAUACUUUAAUAUAGGAAGAAACUAAAGGAACAAAAAAAUUUCCCACUGCGAUAUCUUCUCUAGGAAGAGUAAAAGAUUAUCCUUCUCUCUCUGUCUCUUUUGUAUCCUCUCUCACACUGUUUCGCUCCCAGCCGGACCUAGCUCAUGCUGUUAUUAUGAGGAUAAAAUGGAGCAGAGGGAACCGUGAUGGGAGAAUGUAAUUAAAGACAAUUUAUUAUUUAAAUCAGUGGUUCCCAACCUUUUUUUGACCAGGGACCACUUGGCCAGGGACCACUCCCCAACAUUAGCACCAAAAGGGUUAUGAGUCAGUUCUUGGUCAACUUUAGAUUCGGUUUGGUUAUUUGCGGUGCUGAUUCAGAAAAUUGCAUCGGAUAGACCACAUCAGCUCUGGUUUCUGAUACAGAACACAUGCCAUCCAGUAGUCGCCAUCUGCUCGCCCACAGAAAACUAUAUUCAGUAAUCUAGAGCUGAUGUGGUCCGUCCAGUGCAAUGGUCAGCUCUAUGGAAAGUAGCGGAAAUAAAAUAAACAAAAUAGAUAAAUAAAGAGGUAGGAGGUUUGUGGACCAGAUUUUCAUUCUCGUGGCCCACUGCUGGGCUGUGGCCCAUAGAUUGAGAACCACUGAUUAAAAUUGAUAAAUAGAUUUGCAACCAAAAAUGAAGGUUUAGUACCCCUUCCUCUGAAAUGCUUGGGACCACAAGGGCUUUGAGUUUUGGAAUAACUGGUGCACUGGUGGUGCAGAGGGUUAAACCGCUGAGCUGCUGGACUUGCUAACUGAAAAGUCCGCAGUUUGAAUCCGGGGAGCGAGUGAGCUCCCACUGUUAGCCCCAGCUUCUGCCAGCCUAGCAAUUCAAAAACAUGCAAACGUGAGUAGAUCAAUAGGUACUGCUCCGGGGGAAAGUAACGGUGCUCCAUGCAGUCAUAAUAAUAAUAAUAAUGAUGACAUUGAAAAAAUUACGAUCUGCCAACUGCAGAAGGGCACCCUACUGGGAUCUGCGCGCAUCAUCCGAAAAAACAUCACACAGUCCUAGACACUUGGGAAGUGUUCGACUUGUGAUUUUGUGAUACGAAAUCCAGCAUAUCUUUCUUGUUUGCUGUGCCAUACAAUGUUGUUGUGUCAAUAAUAAUAAUAAUAAUUUAUUAUUAAUAAUAAUAAUAAUAACCGACUCAGGGCGGUUUCCAGCAUAGCAAAGAAACCAUGCAGCAAAAUAAACAUAGUAAAGACUAAUAAACAUGAAACAAGAACAUACAAUUCAAAAAUUAAAAACCAGUUACAAAAUGCCAGCCACAUGACCUUGGUGGUGUCUAUAGACAACUCCGGCUCUUCGGCUUAGAAACGGAGAUGAGCACCAACAACCAGAGUCAGACACAACUAGAUUUAAUGUCAAUGGGAAACCUUUACAUUUACAUUAUGAGACAGGAUCCAAGUAUUUUGCAAUAUAGUAGAGUCUCAUUUAUCCAACACUCAUCCAACGUUCUGGAUUAUCCAACGCAUUUUUGUAGUCAAUGAUUUCAAAAUAUCAUAUUUUGGUGCUAAAUUCGUAAAUACAGUAAUUACUGCAUAGCAUUACUGUGUAUCGAACUACCUUUUCUGUCAAAUGUGUUGUAUAACAUGAUAUUUUGGUGCUUAAUUUGUAAAAUCAUAACCUAAUUUGAUGUUUAAUAGGCUUUUCCUUAAUCCCUCCUUAUUAUCCAACAUAUUUGCUUAUCCAACGUUCUGCUGGCCCGUUUAUGUUGGAUAAGUGAGACUCUACUGUAUAUACUGCAACUUCCACGGCAGUAAACAAUCUGCUUUGGGUUUUAGUCUGAAGUUUAAAGGAGCUCUCCAAAGUGCUGAAAAAAUACUGAAUCUCCAAACCAGCCAUGGGCAAACUUGGGUCCUCCAGGUGUUUUGGACUUCAACUCCCACAAUUCCUAACAGCCUACUGGCUGUUAGGAAUUGUGGGAGUUGAAGUCCAAAACAUCUGGAGUGUCCAGGUUUGCCCAUGCCUGCUCCAAACAGUUUCAACACAUUGAAACUUUUUAAAUAAAGUUCAGACUAAAGCAGCUAGUUUGGACAUCACUGGGGUACGUUGUUUACUGUCUGAUCUUUGUAUUAUUAUUAUUAUUAUUAUUAUUAUUAUUAUUAUUAUUAUUAUGUUUAUAUAUAUCCUCCUUUUUCUCUCCAUAAGGAGACCCAAGGCAGCUAACAUUAAAAAAUGACAAUACAAUUAAAAUAUAAUAAUAAUAAUAAUAAUAAUAAUAAUAAUAAUAAUAAUAAUAAUACUUUAUUCUUAUAUUCCGCACCAUCUCCCCGAGGGGACUUGGGGCAGCUUACAAGGGGACCAAGCCCAACAGUGUAAUAAAAUACAACAGUAAAAACAAAUCCAGACACAACAAUAAAUACAUCAGAAUAAAACAUACAGCAACAACAAUUUAAAACAUGUUCAAUAUAGAUAUUAAAACAGUAUUAAACAUCAUUAGUAUUAAAAGCACUUCAGAUUAAAAACAUACAAAACCACAGCUGCCCUUGACAGUUGCUGUGUCCUUACUGGGAAGGAAGAGAAGACAACCAAAACAAUGUUAAAUCAUUGUUUCUUUUAUUUUAGGAAUAAGUUGCCCUUACAUAUCCACCAUCUGUGAGUCCCUGCAGAGCCGCCUUUUUCAUUAUAUAUCCCUUCUUUCCCUUGGGAUCGAGUGACGUGAGCAAAGAUCAGUCCAGAGUCGAAGCCUGGCUAUGCACCUUUCAUGUUUUGUGUGCAGAAAGUGACUGAAGUUUUCUUGGUAUGCAGCCUCUAUAAACCUGGCAGUCAGACAAGAAAAUGCAGGUUGAGCAGGAGUCGUUGUCCCAGCUGGGUCUCUGUAUUGAAGCCGUGGAGUAUGGAGAAGAGGGGCAAAACGGAGGGCAGACACUGUGCCUUGCCCAGCUUGGAGAGCCUCUGAAUUGGACAACAUUGGAGCAACCGGGCCUGGAUGCUGAGGAAAGGUUGGCCCAGAGCUGGGAAGUCCAAUGGCACGAUGUUCCAAAGGCCGUCCCUCAGUGGGAGAGCCCCAAGGUGCCCAAAACCAUGCGGUGGGAAGUGUCCAAGUCCGCUUUGGUGCCUUCCGAAGUGGCCUCCGAUUUCAGCCCGGCGUCUCAAGCAGAGGCGGCCGUUAUACUAUCACCAGAGGUAUUACGUGGACAGGACACUGGAGACGGGCAAGGGACAAACACGGAGGACGUGGCCAGCACAGAAGUGCGGCGCCAGUGCUUCCGUCUCUUCCGCUACAAGGAGGAAGAGGGGCCCCGACAGGUUUGCGGACAGCUCCACAACCUCUGCUGCCGGUGGCUCACCCCGGAGAGCUGCACCAAGGAGCAGAUCCUGGACCAGCUCAUCCUGGAGCAGUUCCUCACAGUCCUUCCGCUGGAGAUGCAGAGCUGGGUCAGGGAAGGCAGCCCCGAGUCCUGCCACCAAGCCGUGGCCCUGGCCGAGGACUUCCUCAGGGGGCAGCAAGAGGCCGAACGAUGGGAAGGACAGGAACUGCUAGCACCUGCCGAAGUAUCUGUGAGCUUUUCUGCAACAGAUGAGGCUGCUUCUGAGCUCUACACAGAGGUCAAACAGGAGGUGGAUAAUGGGGACGGUCCUCGCUCGCUCGGAAGUGAUGAGUUGCUGGUUGAAUAUAAUGCGGCAAGGGGAGAGCUGGAGGUCUACAAUGUGAAUACGGUUGAGCCAGAAACUCAUGUAGAGCCAAGCCAAAUGGAAAACUGGAAUAAAACCGUGCCUGAUGAGACUUGGGAAGAACUCCUUGAAAUCAGCCUCCCGCAACUGGAGAUGCAAACGAAUGAUGCCUAUACUGAUAUCAGGAAAAACCUGAGCCAGACGUCCAACCUCAAGAGACCUCAGCUAAUCCACACGGGGCCCAAGCUGCACAUUUGCACCAUGUGUGGGCACAGCUUCACACGGAGAGCCAACCUCUUUCGGCACCAGCAGCUCCACACCGGGCUGAAGCUGCACCGGUGUACUGUCUGCAACCGGAGCUUCACCCGGAGAGAAAACCUUGUGAGACACCUGAGGACCCACAAAGCAUGUGGCAAAUAUACCGUUCAGAACAAAGGGGAUCUCCUUCAAGUGACACUGGAAGGGACGGAGGCAUCCGAGAAAGAGAACCAAGGCGGACAAAAGCUGAAAGAACCUUCAGGGAUCUGGAAAUCAAAAUCUGUCCUGGACCAGGAGAGCGGUGCCUGCUUUGACUUCGUCAUCCCGCAAACGGGGCACCAAGAGGGGACGGGGAGGAACGUGUGCCCCGUUUGCGGGAAGAGCUUCACCCGCAGAACGACCCUCAACAGGCACCAGAGAAUUGUGCACACAAGCGAAGGCCUGAAUAAAUGCACCGACUGCGGGAAAAGCCUAGACCAGGCAGCACCGGCAGGAGGGAAGCCCUGUCGCUGUGCCAAAUGCGAUGAGAGAAACAGCCUCAACCUGAGCCUGCGGAACUACAAGAGGAGCCACAAAGGGAAAAAAAGGUUCAAGUGCCUGGACUGCGACCGGGGCUUCAGCUGUCACUCGCAUCUCCUCCGGCACAUGAGGAUCCACACGGGAGAGAAGCCGUACUUCUGCUCGGCCUGCGGGAAGACCUUCCGCCAAAUGGCACAUCUGGUUAAGCACCAGCGGAGCCACGGAGAUCAGGAGGUCUGCUUCUGCUGAGGGCCGGAGAAAGUCUCUCCGUGACUCUGUGCUGUAUUACUACAAGGGGGAAGGGCCACCAAAAGCAGAAGUGGAGAACAUGAGGCUCAGCGUUGCUCUUUUUGACAACUUCUCAAACUGUCCUUUUUCUUGCUGCCUCCCAAAAAGGUUGAAAGGACUCUCUUCUUGACUUUUGUGGCUCCUGAAGAGUUCCAAGGGCAAAAAGUGAGGCCCUUUAAUUCAAAUCAGUUGACAAAGUUCCAUUAAAAAAAGAAUACAUAGCAGGAUACAUACAAAUAUUUGUGUAUCAAGGAUGCUUUAUUUGGAGAUAAUCUUCUGCACAUGUAUGCAGAAGGUCCUAACUUUGAUCCUUGUCAUUUCAAAGCAAAAAGGUUCAGAUAGUGGACGAUGGGAUAAGCCUUUACCUGAGGCGCUUCCGGAAAGGAACAGAGCACAACAGGCAGCAUUACUCUGGACAGACCAAUGGGUCUCACACACUUGAAGGUGUCUGUAUUUUCAAAGAGUCCUGUGUCACACUAAAUAUACUACUGGCUUUCACUCGC